AUGACCAUCCCACCCUUCGAAGCCACCUUCGCGACGCCCCUGCACUGCGACUCCUGCGUGCAAGAUGUCAAGAAAUCCCUCUCCCACCUCCCCGACAUCCACUCCUUCGAAGCGUCCCUCGAAAACCAACAGUUCUCUCUCUUCUCCUCCCUCCCUCCCAGCAAAGUCAUCACCACCCUCGCCUCCGCCGGACGCACCGCCAUCCUUCGCGGCAGCGGAGACUCUGAUUCCUCCGCUGCGGUAGCGAUUCUGGAAGACCAUUCACAACCUGUUGGGGAAGCGGUGAAGGGUCUGGUGAGGUUGGUGGAGGUGAGGGAGGGGUUGGUUGUUGUUGAUGUUGGAGUCAAGGGAUUACCGAGAGUGGAAGCUGAAGAUGGAAAAGAGAGGGUUUUGUCUGUGACGGUGAGGGCGGCGGGAGAUAUUUCGCGAGGGGCAGGGAGUGUCGGUGGGGUGUGGAGGGAGGAGGGGAAAGAGAGAGGUGUGCUGGGUUCAGUGAAUGUUUCUGCUUCAGGAGAAGGGACGGCGUUCUUCGAGGUGGAGGGACUGAGGGUGUGGGAGAUUAUUGGCAGGGGAUUGGUGGUUUGUCCGCAGGGGAGGGAAGAAGAUGAGGAGCUACUGAGCAGUAAUGGACAAGGCAGAGGAGAUGUGUUGGUUGGCGUGGUGGCUCGGAGUGCGGGUGCGUGGGGCAACGAUAAGGUGGUGUGUAGUUGUAGUGGGAAGACGGUGUGGGAGGAGAGGGAGGAGAUGGUCGGGAAGGGGAUGUUGUGA